GUCUUUCCCGUCGUCUGCGUUUCCCUCUCGUUUUAGAUCCCUUCAGAACGCCACUCGCGUUUCAACGCGCGCCCCAAUUCCGCGCGGGCGCGCGCUCACACACACACACUCCGAGUCAGACACCGGCUGAGCGGGCAAACCUGCGAGCGCCAGCCGGUCUGUCGGUCCCUUUAAGAGUGGUGCCUCUGACAUCACGGCCAGCUGCAGUGAGCCGGGCUGGGUGCUGCUGAGCUGGGGGUGAUUGUGAAUUCUCCUCGCGCCCCUCGUCAGUUCCCAGCCAAGCGGAUCCCGUGAUCCAGCGGGAUCCGGCAGCGGGGGCGCCCUGUGCUUUCCAUCCUGGGUGUGUGGGUCUCUCUGUGUGUGUAUGUGUGUGGGUCCGUGAGCACGCGUGUGUGUGUGUGUGUGUGCGUACGUGUGCGCCAAAAAGCGGGGGAACCGACUCACAGACAGCCCAGCCGCCUCUCGGCAGCCGACUGCGGCACCAGUGCCCGAUCGAAGCCCCCAGGACAAGCUCGGUAGCGGCGGCAGCUGCCAUCCUGUCCCUCCCCGCUGCGGCUCAGCUCCAUCUCGCUCACCGCUACGGCCACUGGCCGAGCCGAGCCUCCCCGUUGCCCCCUCCGCCGGUGGGAUCCUUUGAAGAAACGGGACGCUCUGGGGCUCUUAGAGGCCUAGGCUAUUUCCACCCAUUGGUCUUUUUGUCUUUCUUUGCGGCGCUUUCCCUUUCUUCCUUUCUUCUCUCUCUCUGUGUGUGUGUGUGUGUGUGCGCGCGCGCGCGCGGUUUCCCCAGACGAUUCCCCCCUCCCCCCCGCUGCGAUUUUUGGAGGCUUGUUGGGUUUUCUCUCCGGCUUUCCCCCCCAGCCUUCCCCUCUUCCUCCUGCGUUUCUCCCUCCCUCCCCUUCCCCUUGCAAUUGCGUCGCUUUGGUCGCCCUUUGGACCACCUGCGAUCGCCUCCUUCCUCGCCCGUUUGUGCUUCCCACCUGCCGGCAGGCUCGCUUGCUAGGCGCCGGCUUCUGUCGCUCCCCUCUGUCCGCUGAGGCGGCUUUCCCGGCUGCUCCUCUCGCCCCCUCCUCCCGCUGCAUUCAUUCUCUUCCCUCCCUCUCUCUUUCCGCUCUCCUGCCUCGCCCCCCCCUCCGCCUCGUCCUCCAGCGGUCCCCUCUUCGGCGGCCAGCUUUUAGUCUGCCGCCGUUGCUGCUGCAGCCGUCCCCUUUCCCGCCGCCGCCGCCGCCUCUUCCUCGCCACUGCCUGCCUUCUUUCGCUGCUUUUUUUUCCUUCUGUCAUUGCCCCCCUCCCUGCCCGCUGCUGCAUUCCUUCCUUCCUUCCUCCCUCCCUCUCUCCCUCCCUCCCCCCUCCUUCUCUCCAGCUCCCCGAUCGAGAUUUACCCCCCGCUUGUCCAUUGCUGCAGCGUUUCCUUUUUCCAUUCCGUCGCCCCUUUCGAAACGCUGCACCCGUUCUCUCCUCCUCCUCCUCCCCCCUCCCCACAACACACACGCACACACACACACACACACGUUCAAAUACUCCUUCCUCCUCACUUUGGAAUGAAGCAAACUUCUGGAUGGGGCGCCCAGCAAUAGACCCCUGGCCUUUGGGCUUGCAGAGGGCCGGUCCUUGAAGCCGGGGGUCCCCAUUCCGCCGCCCCCUCCCAGAAAAGGGGAAAAGGCGGUUUCCCCCAACUUGCUCCCCUCCCCGGCCGCCGCCGACGUCGGAGUGCAAAACAAGGCGAAGUAACAAGCAGGGGAGCGAUGCAGGUGCGGGGGAAGGCGAGCGAGGAAUCCGGAGCCCCCGUGGCGUUCUAACCGCAAGGUCCUUGCGCUGCAUUUGGCCAGUCGCUCUCUCUGCCACCUAGGAUGAGUAACUGCAGCAGUCGCGCCCUGACCCUGCUGUCUAGUGUUUUUGGAGCGUGUGGGCUGCUCCUGGUGGGCAUUGCUGUCAGUACUGACUAUUGGCUGUUCAUGGAGGAAGGGAUUGUGUUUCCGCAAAACCAGACCACGGAAAUAGUCAUGGCACUCCAUGCUGGCCUCUGGAGGGUUUGCUUCUUUGCAGGUCAGAAAAAAGGCAGCUGUGUGGCUUCAGAAUACUUCCUCGAGCCGAGGCCUGACCCUGAUCCUGAAGGGCCCCUUGUUACGGAGAACACAGAAAAUAUCCUCAGGCUGUCCCUGGUGGUGGGCUUGGUCCUGUACAUCUCCAGCAUCAAUGAUGAAGUGAUGAAUCGCCCCAGUGGUUCGGAGCAGUAUUUCCAGUAUCGCUAUGGAUGGUCCUUCGCAUUUGCUGCCUCUUCUUUCUUGCUGAAAGAGGGUGCAGGUGUGAUGUCCGUCUACCUCUUCACCAAACGUUAUGCCGAAGAGGAAAUGUAUCGUCCGCACCCGGCCUUCUACCGUCCUCGCUUGAGCGACUGUUCUGACUACUCGGGCCAGUUCUUACACCCUGAAGUGUGGCACCGUGGGCGCAGCCCCUCUGACAUCUCCAGCGAUGUUUCCAUCCAGAUGACUCAGAACUACCCACCAGCCAUCAAGUAUCCCGAACACAUGCACAUAUCAACAUCACCUUGCUAGACCUGCCAUAGAACAUGGUGGACAAGGAGCUUGGCCUUUGCUUGUAGACUACAUUGUCCAAUUCCCCCACAGCUCCCUGUGAGGCUGCCCUACUAAUGGGGACCUCUUUCCUUCUUUGAAGACCUUCUACCAUCUGCUUUGCUAUAAAUGCCAUCUCUCUCUCUCUCUCUCUCUCUUUCUCUCUCUUUUUUUCCCCCCUUUCUUCCACUUUCUUCUUCUCCAGCUAGUGGGAGUCUUCCAAGCCACCUAUGAAAUUGCUGAUGCUCAUGUUGGAAAACUGUUCUCAUUUUUGGACUCUUCCAGGAAGCUUCGCCAUCCAACGAAAAAAUUUUCCUCACCCUUUCCUACCUUCCUGAUCCUCCACAGACCAGUGGGAGAAGUGGCACGAAGGAACAUGUUUUCUACUUCUGCAGUGCUGCCUCAGAUGUUUUCUCCUUUCACUCAGAGAGUUGGAAUCGCGAUCAAGAAACAGCUCACCGAGCAUGCUUCCCUCAACCUUCUCCCCAAAGAUUUGACAAAAAUGGGGUUGUGAAACCAUCUCUGCUUUUUAGAUCUCGAGAGGAAGAAUUACCAAAUGCUGGGUUUUUUUUAAUCAAUUCCUGAUCAGAGAGGUUCAGUCAGUGCCCCCAUCUUAUCAAACAGCACAUAAUUGCUUUAUUCUUACUGGCGGUGUAUUUAGUUUCCUGACAUCAAAUGGCAUCUUAUUUUAUUUUCUUCCAUGCGGAGGAAAACCCCAUUUCUCCAGCUUUAUCCAUCAGCAAACAGUAAAUCUUUCCAUGUGUUAGUAAGAAAUGACAGGUAAUAUAUAUAUAGGGAUACCAUAUUGGUUUGACUAAGAACGGCCUGGUCCAAUGAAGUAUCUUGCUAUCUUUCUUUCCAUUACAGGUAGUCCUUGACUUACGACCACAACUGAGACCAGAAUUUCCUUGCUAAACAAGUGUUUGUUAAGUGACUCAGCCCGAUUUUAUGGCUUUUUUUGGCCAUAGUUAUUAAAUGAAUCACUCUAGUGAAUCACAUAGUCCUUAAGUGACUCUGUCUUUCCCUGUGAACUUUGCUUGUUGGAAGCUGGCUGGGAAAGUCGCAAAUGGCAAUCACGUGACCCUGGGAUGCUGCAACAGUCAUAAAUAAAUGCCAAUUGCCAAGUGCUCGGAUUUUGAUCAUGUGACCAUGGGGUUGCUGCAAAAGUUAUAAGAGUAAGGACUGGCCAUAAGUCACCUUUUCCAGUGCUUGUUGUAACUUCAAGCAGUGGCUAAAUGAAGGGUUACAAGGCGAGGACUAACUGUAUUCUGGAAUGAAGCCAAGUUCUGAGAUAGUUGCUAGACUGACUUAGCAAUUCCUCUAAGUUUUUUUCCCCAAUACUUUUUUUAGUUACAAAUGAAUUGUAGUUAGAAGCAACCCACAUAAUUUUCUGUAUCCUAACUUCAAUUCUUGCUCCCUCGUUCUCAUCUUCUAGAUGGGGGUGUCCAACUUGGCAACUUUAAGACCCGUGGACUUCAACUCCCAGAAUUCUGGGAGUUGAAAUCCGUAGGUAUUAAAGUUGCAAAGGUUGGACAUCUCUGUUCUAGAUUCUGUCAACCAAUGACUAGGCCACUUUUUUAUACAGUCACAACCGACCCAUUUUGAAAAGUUUUUGAUAUUGCUUCCAAGCCUGUUCCUGAAACCUCGGAAGUAAUAGGGCAUCAUCACGGCAGGCUAAUAGAUGGAUCCUAUCACGGAUAUUUUUUUUCUGCAAUCUCUGUUCUGUCAUUGAAGGAAGUAACCUAGCUAAUAUCUAAAACUGUUCCAAAACUUUUCAUACCAUUUGCCUUCUUGCUGACUCAACUUCCUGGCUGUUUCUCCAUUUUUAUUUUCUUCAGUAUUGACUCUACAGGUUGUUCUUCAAGAGAUCUUUUUGAAGAGACAUUUUCAUUUGGAACCCAUCAAUAAGAACAACUAAUGCAUCAUUAUAAAGGGGUGAGGAACUAACAGUGUCUUCCAGCCAUCAAUGCCUCAAAUGCCACCUCCAUCUUAAGCAACCUGGCCGUAGUUGGCCAAAUAUUGAAGUUCCUUACAAUGCAAGACCUUCUUCAGUCAUGGUUCCUUCCAACUUGAUGCCACGUAUGGCCAGCGAGGUGAAAAUCACAUUGGAAAAAAAAAAGAAUCACAAAGAGAGAAAAACCCGCACUCAUAAAGAAAGAAUUUAGUAUUCAACUUCCUUUUUAUUUCAGACAUUCAUUUUUGGUUUGCUCAAUUUACUUACUGCUUUACUGCCUUCUCCGUUUUAGUUUCUUCUUAAAAUUAUUUAUAUAUUUGGGGCAUCUGCUCCUUCGCUCUUAAUUUUUAUUUAACCGCAUUUUCAUCUUCCUUCCUUUUAAUUAACUUCAAUUUUCAAUUUCCUACAGAUUUUAUUGCUGGUGCAGACAUCUAUAAGCAUUCCAAAUGCUCAGUGGUUUUUUUUUUUAAACAUGUUUUCCUUUCCCUGAUCUAAUUUAAUUAUUUAUAAUAUUCCAUUGUUUUAAUAUAUAUCCACUAUCUUUUUUUUAAAAAAAACCACACCUUUCCUUGUUCCUCCUUUCUCUUUAUUAUUCAGCUACUCCUUUCUAGCUCCUGUAUAUGGUGUGUUGAGCCAAGAAGAACCAAGUAUUGAAAAGUGCAAUGAAAUUUGGAAGAAAAUGCCAUGAUAAGCAAGCAUGCCAAUAUAACUGCUGGAUAAAAAAGGAAGGGACAGAAAAAUAGAGUGCAUUUGGUGGAAAAGUGAAGCAGUAAACAGUAAACGAAAAGGACAUGAGGAAUCUUGCUAGGUCUAAAGGGAUUAUUUCUGUGGAAAUAUAAAAUGCUUUUGAUGGAAAUGAAAUACAGGUAGUCCUCGAAUUAUAACCACAUGGAGCCCAAAAUUUCUGAUGCAAAGAAAGACAGUUGUUAAGUCUUCCCCAUUUUGCAACCUUUCUUGCCACAGUUAUUAAGAUGCAGUUGUUAAUACCACGGUUUGUUAAGUGAAUCUGGCUUCCCCAUUGACUUUGCUUGUCAGAAAGUCACACUGUGGAGAUGUAUUUAUGAUUGACCCCAUCAUAAAUACAUGCCAAUUGCUAAGCAUUCAAACUCUGAUCACAUGACCAUGGGAUGGUAUAAUGGUCGUAAGUGUGAAAAAUGGUUAUAAGUCACUUUUUUCAGUGCCAGUGUAACUUCAAAUGGUCACUAAACAAAUGGUUGUAAGUCGAGGACUACCUGCCCUUCCAUCUCUACCCCAUGCUUACAUCUUGUGUAAGACAAGAGGACUGCGUUUUUUCUUAGUGAUUUUUUUCCCCCCACCAGCCUAUUUUUCUGGCCCAUCGUACAAGCAAAGAGGGAGAAAGGCUACAUUUCCUUUAUGAGGAGUGAGAAAGGAACAUGGCAUUAUUGGAUUAAGUGGCUCAUCCAUACCUAUUUUGCAAGAGGGAGGUCAAUGUUUCUUCAACCUUGGCAACUUUAAGAUGUGUGGACAUCAAUACCGAGAAUUCCCCGGCUGGCUGGGGAAUUCUGGGAGUCGAAGUCCACAUAUUUUAAACCUGUGAGGGUCGAGAAACGCUGGAUCAGAUGUUUUAAUGGAAACGGAGGUCAUCCCCAAAUACAGAAUUUUCCCUAUAUUUGCAACGCAUCCUCCUUGGAAGAAGCAAAGACCAUCCUCCUUUCUUUUAACCAGUUUGAAGCGAUAGCGAUGAACUGCAUUAGAAGGCCGUUGAGGAAACGAACGAGCCAUUGCGCGCAGACACCGUAGAAGUAGGAAUCACAAGGAUUUGUGAAGGAUAAAGAACAUCGGAUCCCUCUGAAUGGCUUUGAAAGGGAGAGGAAGGGGGGGGGAAAGCUGACUCAGAUCUGGCACACAAAGAUCCUUCUGAAUCUCCCACCACCACCACUCCCUUCCCCUCCUCCAGCAUGUCUCCUGCUGCUGCUACUGUGUCAGCAUCAACUGCAGCUCAAUUCACCUUCAGGUACUGCGUUGGAGAUCACAAUCCAGCACAAGAUCUAUUUCGUGCACGUGCUUUUUCCUUGUCCUCGCUCAAGGGCAUCUCUCCAGGUGUUUUAUUUGCCAUUUAUUUCUUCAUCCCAGCUUAUUCAAAGUAAAGGAGGAGUUGCUAAACUUGCUCUGUUGCAAAAGGAUGUACCUGGCUGAAAUAAGUCUUCCUCUUCCCUGCAUUUUUUUUUUAUAUAUAUAAAAACAAAACAAACUAUCUCCCCUCAUGCUUCCCGCAACAAUCCUGUGAAGUAGGCUGGGCUGAGAGACAGCAAUCGACCCAAAGUCAACCACUGAAUUUUCAUGGCUGUAUAUAGUGACACUAUAAUAUGACAUUCUAAUCUUGGGGUGGGGUUGGGUGGGGGAAUGGGACUGUGGUAUGAAUUAUGGAAACAUCUGCCCUCUAGGAGGCGCUGUGAAUGAACGGGAUCAUACAAAUUACUCUUCGCCCUGAAUUAAGUUUCUAGUCCUUUUGAUCUCAUAGCUCUAAGAAAACAUUACUGAGGCAGAUAUAUAGUAAUAUUUACUUCUGCUUCCUAUUUAAAGGCUGCCUUUUCAGACGAAGGACCACGGCAUAGAUAAGAGGAGCAAGCCACUGUAAACUCUGCAUGGCAAAGUCUGAAGGCCUAGCUUUGUUCUUUGGUGUGUUCUCCAGAUUUUGUGCGGCUUCGGUCAGGAUCACUUCUCCUAGGUAGACCCAUCCUGUUGCUAUUUAUCUUGGACACUGUCCUUAAGCCAGUCCAUACAACCACCAUGAGUGCAAAAUGUUCUUUCACAACGGAGAAGAAAUAAUCUAUAAUGCUCCAGAGGUCCACAAGAUCAUCUCUUGAUUGGUAAGCAAUUAGAUGAGAGGGAAGACAGGAUCUCAAAUUUUCCAAAUUGUUUUCCAUCUCCUGGAAACUCUCUUUAUCCAGGGCCAGUAGUUUUACUUUUGGAACACAACAUCUGGCCUCAGUGAAGCUCUGAUUUGACAACUAGGAAAAUCCUGAUGACCGGGGGGGGGGGGGAAUUCAUAGAAACCGUAUGGCAGGUGUCCCCAACGUCUGGGCUGCAGCCCACUACUGGGACCGUGGCAAGUGGUGUGUGUGCAUGUAGCUCUAUUUGCACGAGUGGUGGUCACGCUCGUGCACAAAGCUCCAUUUGCACAAGUGGCACAUGUGCACCCACCACUCAGGUGGAGUUGCAUGCGCUUGUGGGUGCCUGCUGCUUGCAUGGGAUGGAACAACACCUUCCCCCUCCCCACCCCACCGCUGUUCCUCCAAGCCUGAAAGGUUGGGAACCGCUUGCCAUAGGGAAUCUCUAGAUGUAAGAACUUUCCAGCAGACAUGUUAGCAAGUAAUCAAAUGCCAAGUAACAUUGCUAUGGGAUUAAAGUGGUUUUACCACUCAGUCCUAUGCAUAUUUACUCAGACAUUACUCAGUUACAGAAAGCUAAAAAAGAAUUUCUUGUUCUUAAGUAGGUCUUAAGUGAAUCACAGAUAUCUAAAGCCCAGUGAACUUGCUGAGAUCCUAUGACAGCAUAUUCAAUCAUGCAUUUUCAGAAAACAAACUCUUCUAAAUAAAUAAGCAUAUAUAAAUAAUAAAAUAUUCUUUAUUUUAUAUGUUUUUAACAGAUGCCCGUGAAAAGAUUUGUUGAUGUCAUCAUAUUUAUUCAGGAUUGCAGCCUCAUUUAUAAUAAGGAAUUUUUUAGGAGGGGGGGGAAGCUUAUUCCUCAUAUCUCCUUAAAAAUGAUUAAAGACUCAGAAUAUUAAAGUUAAAAAAAAAGAGCAAUGUUUAUACUGCCAGACCAAUUUCAAAAUAUAUGUAACAGCCAUAAAUGGCUGAAUGACAGACAGAAUGAUUAUGUUUUUAAUAAGGAAGAAAAAAGUAUCAUAUUCUGAUUGUUCACACAGAAAUAAAUCCCACUAUAGUGGGUGUCUGUUUGCUGUAGUAAUCAGGUGUGUAAAAUCUUGCAGCUUUGUAUACGUUUGCUGACACAUGGAAGAUUAAGGUAUACAGGCUGUGAAUGAAAAUUCACACCCGCAAGCAAGUGCAAAGACGGUGUGAAAAAUAAAAGAGUGGCCACUGCUUUCUUCCCACGUUUUUGUAACUGGUCGUUUGUGGGAAGGUCAUCCUUUCUUAUCCUGUGGCUGAUGUGCAAGAGGCAAGCUUCCAGCUGAUUCCUGGCUCCGAGAUACAGCAACGAAAUCGAAAAAUCAACAUUGCAAUCUUGGCUGCCAUGAAUCUCUUCGAGAGAUGGGUCCAAGCACAUUCAAUUAGGGCAGUGUUUACUUUUCCACGCUUCUGCUGCAUUCCACCCCCUAAACCACCCCUAAACCAGGAGCCCCCCGUAGCACCAUUUCCAAUUAAUGUGUUGAAUUAAAUGGCGUACGUUUUCAGGAGCUUCUGUUCAUUUUGCUACCAUGAUGUGCACAGAAUUCAGGAAUUGCUGAAACAGCUUAAAGGAGGGAUGCAUCGUAAGCGAAGGCUUUUUGCAGUUCAGGAUAUAAAGCAUGGAAGAAUAAGGGAAAUCACAAGAAACAGUAGGAAGGAAACCGGGCUCAUUAAACAAAGUGACUGUGCAAUGUAAGUGUUCAAGUCCUUUAUAUUGUGCAUUCUGACUCAGGAAUAAACCUUUGGAUUAUUCAGGGUUCAGACGGCAUAAACUGGACACCUGCCUCUGUUGUAUUUGGACAGUUUGCUGAUUCACCUCUGAAUGAGGGAUGGAGAGAUGUUGCCUAUUAGUGAUGUGUGGGCUUGGAUCAUUGCUUCACAUGGGCUCAAUGCCCUAGCAGCCACCAAGGGGCGCUUAAGGCUGGGUUUACAGGAGGCAGGCACAAAACUAGCCACCCAGAUUUCAGCUGAGUGUAUUGUUAACCUACUGUUACCCCAGUUGAACACUAGAUGGCACCCAAGAGGUAGUAUUUUAUAUCUCUGCUGCUGCAUCUAGAGGUCAUCUAGGGUUUUGCAAUCUAGAUAAGGCAAUGUAUGACUUUGAUCCCACUUUUGUGGCUAGUUUAAAUUACAGCCUGUUAUGUGAAUCCAGAAAUUAGAACGUUUCUAUGUACCGUGGCAGCACAGUCUGAGUAUAUACAAAUCAAGAAAGGACAAUUACUCCUCUUCAUCCAUGUUCCUAUCCAUGAGCUUUUUGAGGAAGGAGACCUAGAACAUACAGAGGAAAGGGAAAAGUUCAAAUAAAUAUGACAGCCUGAUUUCUGAGACGCUUCCCAUAACUUUAAGAAGGGUAACUCUACAGCGUUGGGGGAAAACAUCUGGUGAGAAUUCCUCCUGAAUGUAACUUUGAAAGGAGCGAGUGUGUCUUUUCAGAACCUCCAUUUGCUAACUCUGCAUUCAUGGUUUACUGCAGAAAAGAGCUGAAAGCAGCAAGAGGAAAGCUUUUAUUUUUAUUGUGCUCGGAAAGAGCAGGGCUCAUGUGCCUUUAUAGAUGAAUGAAAAUCAAAUAAUUGAGUCUUUCACCAAUCCUGCGUCUCAUGUCUGGGAAAGAUGCACCUGUUCAGCUUCCACCCAAUCUCGAACUGCUAAGGCACAGAAAUUCUGCAAGAGGAAUAAAGAUGGUGCCUCUGGCUCACGGAGAGAAAUACCACAUUUGUCAAGACUUGGGUUCCACAUGCAUGGAGCUAAAUAUUUUACAUAAUAAAAAAGACUUUCAAGGGCUAAAAGCCAUCUUGUACAUUUACACAGAUGAAAAAGAGGAGGAAUUGGGGAUGUUGUCAGCACCGAGGUUAGAAGGAUGGCUUGGGGAAAAAACGUAUAUGAUCAAGCCAUAUACUUCCCUAAAGUAAAAUAUUGCUAUUCAUAGCAGUUUGAUCACAUUAUGGAAGAAACAGAAAUGUUCUGCUUUGUGCAACACACACAGACACACACAUCUUGGUACCAGCCCAGCAUUUUAUUCUCUAUUAAUAGUAAAGUUAAAAGGAAUGAAACUUCAAAUAUAAAGCAAGUAGGGAGCUGCUGUUGUGAGAAAAAUGGGAUCUGCAACAAAUGAGGCAGAGCCACAGUGCUGGUUUUCGAGAGACACUGAUGUUAUUUUCUUAGUCUGCAUCCUAGAUUUUUGGGUUGAAUGGGGUAGGGGGCAAGGGGAUUCUAAGGGGAGGGGUUUAAUGAACAAAAGAACCUGGGUUUUUUAAAUAAUUACAAGGAAAUUGUUAUUAAUUACUAUUAUUAUUAUUAAUACAGUGUCCCAACCCCAUCUCCCUCCUUGCAAUGAGGAGGGAUUGGGACAACAAAAUAUUAUUUACUCUGUAUUAUACUGUAAAUACAACUUCAAUAAACUUUAUUUCAAACAAAACAAGUUGGCAUUGUCAUGGCUAUGGAAUUCCCUCCCUGGUGGGAUCCUAACGAAUUCCAGAGUAUAUGAGGCUAGGAAAAUCUAUCCGAUGGUUAGGAAUUUCUUUCUUUUAGCCCCAGGGAGUUAAAAGAAUGGGUCAUAGAGAGUCAGUUUGAUCUAGUGAUUAAGAUACAGGUCUAGAAUCCAGGAAGCUGGGAGUUCCAGUCCUACUUCAGGCAUGAAAGUUGGCUGGGUGCCUUUGGGCCACUCGCUCUCUCAACCUAACCCACAGGGCUGUUGUGGGGAAGGAAGGAGUUAUAUUUAUUAUAAAUAAAUAAAUUGAAUGAAUGAAUGAGAAAGGAAAGAAAAGAGAAAGAAAGAGAAAGAAAGAAAAGAAAGGAAAGAAAGAAAGAAAGAAAGAAAGAAAGAAAGAAAGAAAGAAAGAAAGAUGGGCUAUAAAUAAUAAUAAAAAAAUAAGAGGUACCUUCUUUCAUUGGUUCACUUAUUCCAGGGCAGAGCCAGCAGAAUUUUGAUUCUCUGGGGGAGAAAAUUUACAGAAAUCAGGAAAAGGAAGGAAAUUUGUUCCCAAAAUUGGAAUGAGAAAGGGUUACUGUUAUCACAAAAGGGAGAAUGGGGCCUGGCAGGGUCAGUUGUCUGGGUUGUGGGAUGGGGACUUUUGGGCUCUUGUCCAGGGGACCAUUUCUCCACAGAGCUCAGGGGAGCAGAAAUCAGAGAGGCUGGAGGUCUGUCAACUUUCUCACUCAACAUAAGGAAGCAUCAAGAGCCGCUCAGCCUCCUGGCAAAUAUAGAAGGGGUUAAUGGUCACCAUGGCAAUGAGCUGGGAAUGUGGUACCUUGGAUGCACACGUGGCAACAGAGGAACUGGCAGAAACUGUGCCGCAUAGAAGAACUGGGUGGGGAUGGAGAGGGACUGGAAUAAGGAAGGAUGCAAUUAAUGUGGCACGUCGAACAGGGAAGGUUUUUUGAGGUGGGUGAGGAGACUGAAGUCUUCCUUUGAUGGGGGAAGAAGGGAGAGGUCUAAAGUAAGCCAGAAAUACUACAAUCGGAGAUGAUGCCUGCAAUUGGAUGCAGCAAAUGUGAAAUUUGGGCUGGAAAAAGAAAGGGACAGAUUUCCAGAGAAAAAGACGAUGGGAUAGGUAAGGUUCGAGAACAACCGUUGCAGCAAAAAAAUAGAAAGGGGGUGGGGAAUAGAAAAAAGAAAAAGAAGGAAGAACAGCAGGGAAAGGAAAGUGCAGUUGGGAGAUUUUUAGAAAGUGGGAUGGAGUUGUGGUACAAAACCAAACCUAAGAUUCUGCAUUAGGGGAAGAAGUAGAAAGAAAAGUUUUUAAAUGGGUGGGGAGGAAGAGGAAGUUGUGCUAAAAUAAAAACAAUACCGGAAAAGAGGCCAGCCAUCUUUCUCCUCUCUCUCUCUCUCUCUCUCUCUCUCUCUCUCUCUCUCUCUCUCUCUUAAUGUAGACAAAGACAUUAAUUAAAUAGGAAAGAAAAGGAAGGUUUAAAUUUCCUAACCAGAGGUGGGGGGGAAUAGGAGGAAAUGAGAUGAAUUGGAAAGUGUGAUGCACAGAGGUUGUAAGGGACAUUUCGUCAAAGAUUACUGCAGAUAAUAACUGGUCAUUCCAGUUAACCAGGAAGAUCUAGAAAGAAUAGCUCCAUGGCAGAGUUGUCCAACCUUGGCAACUUUAAGACUUAUGGACUUCAAAUCAGAGGUGAAAUCCAGCAGGUUCUGACAGGUUCUGGAGAACCAGUAGCGGAAAUUUUGAGUAGUUCAGAGAACCAGCAAAUGCCACCUCUGGCUGGCCCCAGAGUGGGGUGGGAAUGGAGAUUUUGCAAUAUCCUUCCCUCAGGAGUGGGAAGGGAAUGGAGAUUUCACAGUAUCCUUCCCCUGGAGUAAGGUGGGAAUGGAGAUUUUGCAGUAUCUUUCCCCUGGAGUAAGGUGGGAAUGGAGAUUUCUCAGUAUCCCUGCCAUACCCACCAAGCCACACCACGCCCACCAAGCCACGCCCACAGAACCGGUAGUAAAAAAAAAUAGGAUUUCACCACUGCUUCAAAUCUUAGAAUUCUUAGAAUUCCUCAGUCACGAUGGCUGGCUGGGGAAUUCUGGGAGUUGAAGUCCACAGAUCUUAAAGUUGUCAAGGUUGGACACCCCUGCUCUACUGUAAAAAGAUAUUUCAGUCCUAGGAUAGGAUGCAUUCCCAGAUAAUUUAUUCUGACCAAUGUGUUUGAGCUGGUUAUCCUUCUCCAAUGCAAGUAUGUAUUAGAAUUUUGGUUUUUAUUUUUCUUGCUGCUGUUUUUAAUUUCAAUAUGAAAACAGCCCAAAUGGCCUAAGACUGGUGACUGAGGCCUCAUAGAAGUUGAUUUGAAACAGCAACAAAUAUAAACCCCUUACACCCUUGUCAAAAGCUGCAAAUACAUUGGACAAGAAAUUUUUUCAGAGGUUUUGCUUCCUGAAAGACUUUUGGUGAUCAUAAUGGACCUCUUCAAACUGAUCACAAACAAUUUCAGAAUGAGUAGGAAUCUUGAGAAAUAUGAACUUAACUUUUAAUGACUAUAAUGUAUUUCAUUGCAUAAUGUUUCUGACAUGCUGCAUGAGUUCAACAGGAUCAAGUAUUUUGUUCCUGAUUUUCAUUUGUACUAAGUGUCCAAUGCAUCUCACUGCAAUGUCUAGCAAUACAGUAAUCAGCAAGAUUUGAUCCUAGUUGCUCUGAUGUAUUUUUUCCAUUGUAGCAAUGUCCUGGUGAAAACAUACACUAUGUUUGUCACUGACUGCAUCCAGAUUUUCAGGGGGGAAAAAAAACCAAGUAUGAAUGCAGAAAAUCUUUGGUACAUGUUGCACUUCAUGGUCUUGUAUACUGUAGGACAGGGGUGUCAAAUUUGCGGCCUGCAGGCCAGAUACAUCACACACUGCCCCCCAAUCCCUGGUUUAGCAAAGGGGGAAAAGUUGUGAUAGGUCACGUGACGACAGCAUGUCAUCGAAGUUUGACACCCCUGCUGUAGGAAGUUUGCUAACCAUCUGGAUGUUGUUCAGUGCUCUCCAGUUGCCAAGAAAAUUCCCAAUAACAUCCUUGAAUGCUUUCCAGGUGAUUUUCUCUGGCCCCACUAACAGAACUUUGAACCACUUGUCACUGAUGAUGUAUCUGAUCUGUGGACCAACAAAACUGUCUUUCUUAAUCUUGGUAUCAGUUAUUCUGAUAGGAAGGGGUAUUGUGUAUGUUUGCUGCCUUGAGUUAUUUAUAAAAGUAAUAACGGCACAAUUGAAAACAACUUUAUUUCUGCAAAGCUAUCCCAAAGUUGCUUUUUCAAAAGGCAACGAGUUUGUUUUUUCCUUGAAGACAUUUCACUUCUCAUCCAGGGAAAUGAAACAUCUUCAAGGAAAAACAAAAUCCAGUUGCCUUUUGAAAAAGCAUCUUUGGGACAACCAUGACCUGGGUGGCUGAGAAUCUCCAUAAAUAUUCUGCAAAGCUACUUCAGAAAAUUACACAGCAACAGGAUGUACAAGGUCUGGAGGAAAAAUGAAAGAAUCCAGAGUUCCCUCAAAUAUUUUAUCUUUAGAGAUAAAACAUUUUGCAGAUGUGCAGCUAUUGCACAUAACCAGACAGACACAAAGGAGUAGCUGUUAUGAUUACCCCACUCAAUCAUCAGAAUCUAACUGAUCUUAUUAGUAAGGGAAAUGCAACCUCCAUUAAGCAAGAAACCAGCUACAAGGCACAUCUAUACUUUCUACUCCUUAGCUGCCACCAAGUUCACAAGUUAAUGCUCGGUCUCCCUGACUGACCCAUCAGAGAACUGAAAAGAGGCAUCCAAAUGCUGCAUCGCCGAUCCAUUCGAGAUUUAAUUCUGUGUGCAUUUGGCUGGGGAGGUCACCAAAAUAUCAAGUUCUUGAUGGUGUGAGUGGCAAAGGAAUGGUCACCUGCAGGCAACCAUUUUCUCUAGUUUUGAAUUUGAAAUAAAAUAUCUCGGAAUGAUGUUUUCUGAAAGAGACACCUAUGGAAAGUGGGACAAGACAGAACUGAACUCAGGAGCUGGGGAGCAAGAUGGUGUGAGACAAUGUUUCUCAAACUUCACACUUUUUAGCUCCCAGAAUUUCCCAGCCAAAAUGAGGAAAUUGAAGUCGACCUUUCUUAAAGUGAAAGUCCACCCAUUUUAAAGUUGCCAAGUUUGAAGAGUUAUCAUCAUCCUCAUUGAAAGGGACCUUGGAGAUCUUCUAGUCCAACCCCCGACUCAAGCAGGAAAUCCUAUACUAUUUCAGACAAAAGGUUGACCAGUCUCUUCUUAAAAGGCUCCAGUGAUGGAGCACCACAACCCCUGAAGGCAAAUGGCUCCACUAGUUGAUGGUUCUCACUGUCAAGAAAUUUCUCCUUAGUUCUGGGUUGCUUAUUUCCUUGGUGAGUUUCCGUCCAUUGUUUCUUGUUUUGCCUUCUGGUGCUUUAGAAAAUAAGUUGACUCCCUCUUCUUUGUGGCAACCCCUGAGACAUUGGAACACUGCUAUCAUGUCCUUCUUUUCACUAAACUCGACAUAUCCAAUUCCUGCAACAGCCUCAGCCACUAAUGGGAACCCAGUCUGCUGUGCUUCAGCAUCUCAAGAGGAAAUUCAUGUUAAGAACAAGCAGGGAGGCAGUCGUGCUAAAUAAGAAGAAGAAAAGACAAGUUGAUAUAGAAGCAACUCAAAGAUCCCACGCAGAAAUGCAAGUAAAUGGAAAAUGAUCUCAUUCUACAGGUAGUCCUUCAGUUACAACCAUUUGUUUAGCGACCACUCAAGGUCGCUAAAUUCUGACCUUCCCAGCUGGUUUCCAACAAGCAGAGGGGGAAGCUGGAUUCACUUAACAAUUGUAUGACUUACUUAAAUUGAAAAAAACAAUGGCUACCAACCUGCCCUCCAUUGAGGACCUGUAUAUUGCACAAGUCAAAAAGAGGGCUGUGAAAAUAUUUACAGACCCCUCGCAUCCUGGAUAUAAAUUGUUUCAACUCCUACCCUUAAAACGACGCUGUAGAGCACUGCACACCAGAACAACUAGACACAAGAACAGUUUUUUCCCCAACGCCAUCACUCUGCUAGACAAAUAAUUCCCUCAACACUGUCGAACUAUUCACUAAGUCUGCACUACUAUUAAUCUUCUCAUCGUUCCCACCAGCCAUCUCCUUCCACUUAUGACUGUAUGACUGUAACUUUGUUGCUUGUAUCCUUACAAUUUAUAUUGAUAUUGUUUCCUGAUUGCUUAUUUGUACCCUAUGACUAUCAUUAAGUGUUGUACCUUAUGAUUCUUGAUGAAUGUAUCUUUUCUUGUAUGUACACUGAGAGCAUUUGCACCAAGACAAAUUCCUUGUGUGUCCAAUCACACUUGGCCAAUAAAGAAUUCUAUUCUAUUCUAUUCUAUUCUAUUCUAUUCUAUUCUAUUCUAUACGACUGCAGUGAUUCACUGUAGGAGAUGACCAGGCUGAGGGAAGGGUCAAACAUGUCAUAAGUCACGAAUCCCUGCGCACUCACAAGAGAUCCAAGUCCAGUUCACCUUGAAUGCCUCCCUUAUUUCCCGCUCAUUUCCCUUAACUGCCAGUUGGUCAGAUUCUUGUAGAGAGCUUAAGCUUGCAAUAAAUCUUUAUACUCAUUUGAA